GCAACCAGAUCAGAUUCGGAUCGGUGGCACGCCCCUUGGCCGGCUGCCGGCCUCCUCCGAUCCCACCACUGACCUUUCCCAAAUCACCCCUGCCGGCGCGCAUGCCCCCCUCGACCACCUCGCCGUCGGCGCCGGUGAAGCCCGCCCUCCUGGGCGGCGUCGCGGGGUUGGACGCGGCCGUGUCCCUCCGCCUCCACGCGCUCUUCCUCCCGGUGCCGCGCCUCCUCCUCAAGGCGCUCGAGGUCGCCGGCGACGGCCGCAUCUGGCUCCCCGUCCCCAUCUCCCUGCUCCUCCUCUCGGCCUCCCCCGCCAACGCGUCCGGGGCGGUCUCCCCGCUCCUGGCCGGCCUCGUCGCGGGCCUCGUCGUCGACCUCGCUCUCGUCGGCCUCGUCAAGGUCCUCGUCCGCCGCCCGCGCCCGGCGUACAACGCCAAGGACAUGUACGUCGCCGUCGCCGCCGACCACUGGUCUUUCCCCAGCGGCCACUCCUCCCGCGCCUUCCUCGUCGCGGCCUUCCUCGCCGCCGGCGGCUUCCAGCCCCGCGAGGCGCUCUUCCUCUGGGCCGCCGCGACGUCGGCGUCCAGGGUGCUCCUUGGCCGGCACUACGUCCUCGACGUCGUCGCGGGGGCUUUCCUCGGCGUGUUCGAGGCCUGGCUCAGCAGCUUGCUCUUGAGAUUCAUGUGCGCCCAAAGCACAUUUCUGGUGUGCUAAACUGCUAAUCCUUGCCCUUUUGUACUAUUAUUAAUUACACUGUGAUGGCAUUGUUGUUGUUGCGAAGUUGCAAUUUGGUAAGCAAUUCAAGUUUGCUGAGCAGACAUGCUGUUUCA